UUUUGGCCGUGGUCCUGGGGCAGGGAGGUAGCCAGGAUGGCCUGGGAAUGUUUGCACAUUUCCCCAUUCCAAGCCACCCUCGGCCGUGUGAUACUUUAUUACAGGUUUUGUGAUGUCCUACUCUUGGUUUCUGGGGCAAUGGGGAAUUGGAGAACUCGGGAAGUUUUCAAGGGCUUGGAGAUACGGAAGGCCCAUUUCCAGCAAGUCCUUGAUGGUGUGGUUCCUACCUGGCCUGCUGCAAUCUGGGGGACCACCUUUUCCUUCUCUCUGGCCAUCAGCUAAUCCCUUCUGAGGGGUUGGCUGAUAGAGGUGAUCACUGGUGGUGACUUUGUUUUUAAACAGAGAGCUCAAGGGUGCUCUCUCAGGAGACCUUGGCAGGAGGGUCUUCCAAGCUUCCCCAGACUUUCUACUUUUCUGCAGCCAGACUCAGCUCCACAUUCCCACCCUGACUUGGUGGUGAGACGCAGCUGGCAGCAAGCUCCCCUUGGACAGGACAGUAACUUUGCCAUCCCUUUUGGCAUUGUGAUUUCUGGAGGUAGGGGACUGAUUCACUCAAGGUCAGGACAGGAGUCUUAGUGACUCAAAUCUAUGCUUUCUCAUUGGUCUGUAUAUUUGGGGCCCAAGCAAAGGAAUAGCGUGGUAGGCCUUGAAGUUCCCCACUCUCCAUCUCCCCCUGCUGUGGGGCCACGGAGGCACCGACCUGCCUGUCCAGCCCCAGGAGAUUCAGAGGGGAUGGUAGAUAAGGGAAGGAGAGGUAUCACUCAGAUCCUUGGAAGCUGCUCCCUUGCUUCCUGUUCAGGCGGCUACGGAGCAGUGUUGAGCUCUGGCCCAGGGACAGAAUGCCCAGGUGCCAUCCAUUGACUUCCUUUGCCAAAGGGGAGGGAGAGCCUUGGGGACAGGACUCCUGGGUUUGUCUGCUUGGGUGCGUGGGCCAUAUUCCAUGCGUGGGUGUGUGGAUGCCUUUGGGAUGAGAAGAAACACUCCAGCCCCGCGUGUCUGGGCCAUAGUACACACCGGUGGAGCCCUUCACGUAAGAGCCCUUGCUCUGCGUAAGGGUGGGGGUGUAGGGCGUCCGGAUCCGCCCCUGGGGGCCCUCCCUGUUGCAGCCUUAGCCCGCCCACCCUCAGGCCGCCUUGGCGCCCACACUUCUGGCAGUCCUCUGCACAUCUCGGCAGCCUGCGCCAAAGCAUGAACGGCUCACAGGCAGGCGCUGCGGCCCGGGCCACCUGGCUGAACUGCUGCAACCAGUCCGGGGUGCAUCCCGAGCCGCUCGCGGGGCCGCGCGCCGUGCAGGCUGUGGUGCUGGGCGUGCUGUCCCUGCUGGUCCUCUGCGGCGUCCUGUUUCUGGGCGGCGGCCUCCUCCUCCGCGCCCAGGGCCUGACCGCGCUGCUGGUCCCCGAGUGGCGCCUGUCCCUCGAGGCCGCGCCCGGUAGCCCCAGCGGAGGCGAGGACGACUGCUAGGCGCCCGGCUGUGCUUGCGGGGGGCAGCCUUCAGGCGGUUCUCGGACUCCAAGCCGACUGCGCAGGAGGGCCGCCAGAGUGCCUCUGACGGCUGCUGCAGAGGGGGGACCCUGCGCCCCUUCACGAGGCUCCGCCUCUGCACAGAGAGCCCUCCCUCCAGCCUGCUGCACUGGGGGACUGCUACCUUUGAUCCAUGUGUGGUGCAGACUACAGACUGGGAGAAACCUGGAUUGUGGUGGGACCUCAACUGGGAUCCUUGCACUCAGCUGCCGCCUCUGAU